CUUUCUCUCCUACUUUCCGAGAAAAUCCUCCAAGAAAAUAAAACUUAAUUAGUCUUUCUUUCUUUAUUUUAUGAUUAAUUCUUAAUUAAUUUUUCCUUUCUGUUUAACGGCCAUGGAAGCAGCCGCCAUAUUCAAGGAUUUUUCAGGUACGGACUGUUCAUCACCGGAUUCAUCGCCGCUAAACUCAAUCUCAAAUCCUAAUUCUUACUAUCUCUCACUCGACCGAUUUAACUCACCGGAGUACAUGGAGAUGGUAGGCAGAAGGACCGGACACUCCGUCGUGGAGUACACGAGCUUGAAGGACCUUAUCCAAACGUCGUCGUAUCCGGCGGCGGUUAUGUCUCCGACUCCGAGUACAAUCUGGAACGAAAUUCCGAUAAAGAAUCCUCUGGUUAAGCACGCGGCUAUGGCGUAUCUUCAACCGAUGAAGAUUAAGCCGGAGAUUGGGAGCCAAGGACUAAACGGGAAGUUGAAGGAGAAGUGCGGCGGCGCGUGGGGUUGGGGUUGCUUAGAGGGAGUGUGCGACGUCGUUUUGGAGGCUUUAAAAGACGUUUUGGGGUUUCCAAUUGGUGAAGUUGAAGAUGAUGAGAGAGAAACAAUGAGCAAGUUCACUGAGAAUAGAGGGGCAUUUUUGGAAAUUUAAAUUGGAUUUUGACUGGUAGAUAAUUUCAAUAUUCAAUUAAAAAAAAAUAGAUGAAAAAGAAGGUAAAUAGUAAUUUUUUUGGGGGGGUUGAUUUAGUUAAAUUGUAUAGGAAUUUUUAUUCUUUUAUUUUUAGUGGAGAAAUUUUAUUUUAUUAUCAUUAUUAUUUGGGAAAUUGCUAUGUAUACAUAUAUUUUAUUUUUAUAAAAUUAGUUUUUAGUUUGAGGUUA